GUGGCAGGCUUGAAGUACUCGGGCUACCAAGUGGCAUAUUUUGCCUGGGCCUUGGUUAUUUCGCAAUUGGUCUUGUUUGCUCUGAUGGCUUUGGUGGGAAUCCAAAUCAUCCAGCCAAUCGUAGAUGGCUCCAUGGACUCUUUCCUGUGGAAACAAUUAUUCAAUCUCUGGCCCGCAUUUCUUGUAUCAGCCGUGUUCUUCCUGGUGCAAUAUCUUCUCGCUAAGUUUGUGUUUUUGGUGGACAGGGGUUCUGUUCUGGCUCUCGAUAACAGGCGUCUCUUUCACAUCUGUACGUACUUCCUGUUUUUCUUCAACAUCUUCCUGGGCGUGGUCUCAUGUCUCACACGCAUUCUGAUUGGUGCAGGCAUCGGCGUACUUUUUCUCGCGCGUACCCAGAAGAGCCUGGUAGCUAGAGACUAUGAGCUGAUGGAUCCAGGAUUCAAUGCGUAUAUCGGCUAUCUCUACCUGGAGCACACCCAUUCGAACCCAGUCCUCGUCACCUUCUGCAGACUUUUGGUGAUGAGUCUCAGACAUAGAGACUGGGACGAGACAUCAAAGUCACGUGAAUGAAACCGUCCGCAAAGCUGUGGCCGGAGCGACUGGAUUAGAUUCAGACAUCGUGCGAAAAACUACUCAGACUUUCUUCUACAUCUUGCCGUAUUGGAGAGCUUACCGGGGCAUCGAUAGAGCGAGCGCAUCUAAUAGUACCCCAUGUGUUUCAUCGCCAACCAAAGGCGAGUUCACUUACUUAUGCGUCGGACCAGCGAUUGCGAUUAUUCUUCUCUUGUCAUUCCUAAAACCACGUGUCAACACAAUCAAGAGUUGUGGGAUGAAGAUCGUCAGGCCUGGCCUGUGCAUACCGCUAAAUCUCCUGGACAGUUACGAGAACCGACUUGGCUACGCAUGCGCAUUUGGUGCUACUGUCAGCAGGUGUUUGAGGGUGCUGUUCUUCAGCGACUACUCGGAGAUCUUUGACGAGAGGGUGAUGAAGAUACAGAGCGAUCCAGCUACACCGGCAUGGAUGGGAAUGUUCUGGCGUAUUCUGGCCAUGUUUGUGAUCGGCGUCGCCUACUACCCGUUCUUUGCUUGCCUGUCUACUGAUUACAAAAUCUUGGGCGGACUUUUAGGAUCGGCUUACUCUGCAGUGUGGCUAAUAAUAACAGCAUACCAGGUGACGCAGUGCCAAGAGAGAUACCUAUCCUACAUCUACCCCGGUGAUCUACUAGCGAUCGAUUUCCCUACCCACAUGUGCCUGCUGUUUCUAACGUUCUACUUCUUCUACUACGCCGUCAAAGAGAUAGUCAAGCGCUACCAGAAAGCUCACACUGCCAGCUUCAAGGAGGCGAAGGCGGAAGAAGAUGAUUGGAAAAAUUGCUACAAAUACAAAUACGUCAAAAAUCUUAUCAAGCCGUUGCCUAUUGAAGAAAGGGAGGCCCUCAGUCACGCAAGCCAUAGUCACGGUCACGGUCACGGUAGUCACGAUGCUCUCAGCUUCAAAGAGAAAGUCAAAUCUAUGAUGUAUCACUGGAAACCAGAUUUUAAGUACUCUACGAGGGUAGCGUGUACCUACACUGUGGGAUUGCUGGCGGUUUAUGAGAUUGCAUGUGGCUUCGUGGUUCUUGGAGGGAUAUUCUACAAGUACACACUUAACUAUCUUGAAGAUCAUCCGAAACUACUAGAUGAUAUUGGCCUUGGCACCUACAUCGACAGCAUAGAGAAAUACAUUGAGAUCUGCUUUAUCGCGUGGUACGUGGCGUUAGGCUUGACAUGUGUCCAGUGUGUUCUUCUCGUCGCAAACAUGCUCACGUGGUAUCGUAAGCACGUGAUCAGACUUCAGCGAGGAGACAAAGAGUUUCUACCGCCCCAUCAUGCAGUUGGACACUCCGCUUCCAUGGAGACGCUUGCUUGCCUGAAGUAUUCCGGUUAUCAAGUGGCCUAUUUAGCAUGGGCGUUUGUCAUUAACCAUUUCGUGAUGUUCCUUGUGGCGGCGUUACUCGGGAUUGAGUUCAUUCAGCCUAUUGUUGAUGGCUCCAUGGAUUCAUUUGUCUGGACUCAAGUGUUGAAACUUUGGCCAGCGAUAUUUGUGUCGCUUUUGAUUUUCCUGAUACAAUUUCUUCUCGCAAAGUUCGUCUUCUUGAUUGACAGAGGUUCCUCGAUGUCACUCGAUAACAGACGCCUUUUCCACAUUUGCGCCUAUUUCUUGUUCUUCUUUAACACCUUCCUCGGAUUGAUCUCGUGCUUGCUUCGUAUCAUCCUCGGCGCGGCGCUCGGGAUUGUCUUCCUCGCGCGAACACAGAAAAGUGUCGUGUCCCGAGACUUCGAGGACUACGACCCAGGAUUCCAUGCGUACGUCGGCUACCUCCUCCUGGAGCACCACCACUCGAACCCAGUCCUCGUCACUUUUUGUCGAGUGUUGAUUAUGAGCUUGAGACAGAGGUACUGGGGCGAGACACCAAAGACAGAUGACGACCAGCAAGACAUUGAAUUAGACGAAGAAAAGCAGCUAAGUCGUCGCCGUGCCCGUAUUCGAUGGUCUCUCGCCGUCACUUUGAUCAAUAACCCAAACCUGUGCGAGCUUCGAAAGCGGGACAAGUCCCCGGAAAAGGCGCCAGUACGCGAUUUAAAAGUCAAGGUGAACGGAUUUGGAGUUUCAAAUGGAGCUGCAUAUCACAAUAAGGCGAACGAUGAGUUGGCAAAUGGUGAACGGGAAUCCGGUACCGUGGGCAAGAUCUCGACUCGUUUGUAAAUACUGUAUGAUAUUGUCUAUUACAGCUAGAAAGUCUUUGUAAACCCGGCAGGUACACAUAGGAGAAGUUGGUUUAUACACAUUCAAUAGAUAGGCAGACAGGCGUUUUCACUGUCUUGCUUGGUAUAGGAGAAGUUGCUGUAUACACAUUCAACAGAUAGGUAGACAGGCGUUUUUCAGUAGCUGAUCUAGGGGGAAGGUUUAGGGGGUUUAUCACCCCCCCCCCCUCUCUCUCUCUCUUGGGCUGCUAGGAAGCCAUAUGUAACAAAAAUUUACCCCCUCCCCCCUUUGACACUGAGCCAAACCCCCCCUUCAGCGAAAAGCUAGAUCCGGCCCUGCAUUGUCUUGCCUGCUAUAGGAGAAGUCGCUAUAUACACAACUAGGUACAUUUCUACUAUCGGGCAAGCUUACCGGCCCGUCGAUACCCAAUAGUGAGUCCUCUGACGUUUUCUUGUCACCUUUGAUUGCUUUCUUUUUAUAGAAAAAAAACUAAUGCAUUUAUAUUAUUUUCAUAUUGACAGCUAUAAUAUGGCGUGUAUUCUUACAUUUUUAGAAAAUAAUAUAGUUUUAAAAUAAUAAUGGAGCACAUGAUUUUUAGCACCUAUCUGAUUAAAUAUUUAUCAUGAUUUCAGAUAUUUGUUUUCGAAAAUAAAACUUAAAAUUACAUCA